AUGGAUCUUGAGCUGCGCUACGACACCCACAUCACGUCUGUAGCCCGCCAGACCUCUCAGCGUGUGUCAGCCCUGCGCAGGAUGGCUGGCAGUCUGGACUCGCGAGGCAUCCUCACUUUCUACAGGGCACAAAUCCGUCCCUGUAUGGAGUACGGUGCCUUGACAUGGAUGUCCAGCGCCCAUACCCACACCAGCCGGCUCGACACGAUACAGAGGCGCGCUCUUCGUCUAUUGGGGGAAGACGAGGAGAGCGUGGCAAGUAUCACGUCACUGGAGCACCGGAGGGACGUGGCAACCUUAACGGUGUGCCACAAAGCUCAAGUGCUGCAUACACCUCGCCUCUCCUGCCUCAGCCUGCCGCCACACCCACCCGGGAGAAAUACAAGGCAAGCAGCGGAUGGGGACCAGCAGGUACUGGUGCCUCUCUCCCGCUCCUCACAACACCAGCGAACAUUCAGAGCCAGGGCAGCGCGCCUGUGGAAUCAGUUCACGGUGGCCACGCCUGCUGAGGUAGCGGGACUAUCAACUCAGCAGACAAAAGUGGCCGCCAAUGUCUGGAGAAGCGCUCUCCCUGCCCGACUAGUGCAGUGA